GUUCAUUGAUUGUAUUCAUCACUGCGAGGGACAUAUUAAUUUUAAAAAAGCGGUCGAACUAUCAUCGACGCGUUCUAAAAGCGACGCGCUCCUCCUUGCCACAUCCUCACAAAUGCUCUGGUUAAACAGUACUUUGUUGAGUAAUAAAGCGCACGCUUCGUGACGUAAAAUGGCGUCAUCUUGGACAUUGUCUUCUGUAUUUGUUGAACAAUUAAAAAAGGUAGCCGUGAGCUAAAAAUAGACAAUCACGUGAUCUCACCUGUAAAUAUCCAUAACCGCGGUCUCGGCGUGGGGGGGGGGGGGGGGUGCGUGGAAGUUGGAAGUUACCCAAACUCCAUCUCCGAGCAGCGUUUCCAGCUUUCCAUUUCCUCAUGCCAACGUAACUUCCCAGUCUAAUAAAGACUCGAGCAUGUCUGCCGGCAACACACAGCAGACGAGGCGAACCACGAGAGAUGGGCGGACUGACUCAGUUGAUGGCCAUAGUGGUCCUCAUGGUGGGGCCCGCGUGGACAUCCAACCGCAAACGCUGCUACGAGGAGCAGGAGCUGAGCAAGGUGGCCCACAGGAAGCUGGCGGGUCACUACCCGCAGCCUCCGGAGCCCCGGGGGGCGGUGGCCCACGACUCCCCCUUCAGGUGCCCCCUGGACCUCUUCAUGUCUUGGGACCUGGAGCAGAGGUCCCUGUCUCCCUGGAGAUAUGUAUGGAAACCCAUGAAGGACCACUACCCGUCCACUUACGUUGAAGCUCAGUGUCUGUGCUCCGGGUGCAUCAUGAUCAAGAACCAAGGGACGACCCCCGAGCUGAGCCACGACUACAACUCGGUUCCCCUCAGCCAGACCAGGGUGUUUCUCAAGCGGGAGCGCUGCACUGACGGGCAAAAGUACUACUUGAAGCCGGUCUCGGUGGAUGUGACGGUGGGUUGCACUUGUGCUCGACCCCACCUGGUGUAAAUCACCACUUGGCACGCUUCUUGCAAGGUCGACUUUGAUCUCUGCCUGGAUCGUGGACGCCAGGAUCGUUUUAGAAUGACGGCAUACGCCAGAACAAUGAGAGUUGAUCGUUAUAAACUUUAUUUUAAUUUUUUUGUUGCCACAAUUCAGUCAGACUUAAAAAGGCUCAAAGCUGAACAAGCCUUUUAU